CUUCCUCCCCGAGCCCACGUCCUCCGCUCCAGGCCAGCCCAGCCCAGGGUAGACAACCGUGCAUCUCAGCUCAGCUCAGCCGGUGCGCUUCACAGCAUCUUGGGGUCACCCGGUGCAUCGCAGCUCAGCCCCGCGCUUCUGAGAGCAGCCACCGCACCCCAGCCGUCAAGAUGGGUGAAUCAAAUGAAGACAUAGACCAGAUGUUCAGCACUUUGCUGGGGGAGAUGGAUCUUUUGACCCAGAGUUUAGGAGUGGACACUCUCCCUCCUCCAGAACCCAAGCCACCCCGAGAAGAGUUUAACUACAGUGUGGGAUUUAAGGAUUUAAAUGAGUCCUUAAAUGCCCUGGAAGACCAAGAUCUAGACGCCCUCAUGGCAGAUUUGGUAGCAGAUAUAAGUGAGGCUGAGCAGAGAACCAUCCAGGCUCAGAAAGAGUCCUCUCAGAAUCAGCACCACUCAGUACUUCAGGGGGCAUCAGAUGGCCGGGGUGCAGCCUCACUUGGUUAUGGAGCAAGUGCUGCUGCAGCUGGUAUUAGCCACUAUGAAGAUGCUUUGCCACCUCCACCAGCAGAACCCAUGUUAGACCUUCCACUGCCUCCACCGCCUCCACCGCCUCCUGAACCUCUCUCUAAAGAAGAAGAAGAAGCCCAAGCAAAAGCUAAUAAAAUUAAGUUAGCACUGGAAAAACUGAAGGAAGCCAAGGUCAAGAAGCUUGUGGUUAAGGUGCAUAUGGACGAUAAUAGCACCAAGUCACUGAUGGUGGAUGAGCGACAGUUGGCUCGGGAUGUUCUGGACAAUCUUUUUGAAAAAACCCAUUGUGACUGCAAUGUGGACUGGUGCCUUUAUGAAAUAUAUCCCGAAUUGCAAAUCGAGAGAAUUUUUGAAGACCAUGAAAACGUUGUUGAAGUCUUAUCAGACUGGACAAGAGACACAGAAAACAAAGUACUGUUUUUGGAGAAAGAGGAAAAAUAUGCUGUGUUUAAAAAUCCUCAGAAUUUCUACUUGGAUAACAAGGGGAAAAAAGAAAACAAGGAAAUCAAUGAGAAAAUGAAUGCUAAAAACAAAGAAUCCUUACUUGAGGAAAGUUUCUGUGGCACAUCCAUCAUUGUACCAGAACUCGAAGGAGCUCUUUAUUUGAAAGAAGACGGGAAAAAAUCCUGGAAACGGCGCUAUUUUCUUCUGAGGGCAUCUGGAAUUUAUUAUGUUCCCAAAGGAAAGACAAAGACAUCCCGAGAUCUGGCGUGUUUUAUACAGUUUGAAAAUGUUAACAUUUACUAUGGGACUCAGUGUAAACUGAAAUACAAAGCACCCACUGACCACUGCUUUGUCCUAAAGCAUCCUCAAAUCCAGAAGGAAUCUCAGUAUAUCAAAUAUCUCUGCUGUGAUGAUGCAAGAACUCUCGGACAGUGGGUUAUGGGAAUAAGGAUUGCCAAAUAUGGGAAGACCCUCUAUGACAACUACCAUAGGGCUGUAGCAAGAGCUGGACUUGCCUCUCGGUGGACGAACCUGGGGACUGCUGGUGCAGCAAUGCCAGCUCAGACUACUACAGGACUUAAAACAGGCACCAGCCAGCCCAAUGGUCAGAUUCCCCAGGCGGUACCUUCUGCUGGUGCUCUUCUCCAAGAGGCUCAGACACAAGUUGAAACAACUAAGAUAAACCACAGACCCCCAAAGCCUGCCCAGAUGGAGGAGAAGCAAGGCUUGGGUAACCACUACCUAGGAGUAACCAAAGAGAACCAUCGCCUGAAGUCCAGCCUGCCACCGCCCCCGCCAGUAAGACGAUCUUCGGACACGUGUGGCAGCCCUGCCUUACCACCAAAGUCCAAGGGCCUUGGCAGCUGCGCCUUCCCAGCCCCGCCCGACGACUUCCUGCCUCCACCCCCGCCACCACCACCUGAGGAGGACAGCAACAGCGACUUACCCCCACCACCUCCAGGCUUCCUGGAGGAGCCACCGGACUUCGUGCCACCACCCCCACGGGCUGUGGCUGUUGAAGCCUGUGAAUUGCCACCACCGCCACCACCCCCUCCCUGUCUCUCCCAGGAAACGACCAAGUCAUCUCCAAUGCCCCCCAAAAAGCCCCCAGCGCCCCCCAAGAGGCAAGAGAACCAAGGACUCCCCGGUGCAGCAGGGAGCGGUGAGCAAGAUUUCAUGUCAGACCUUAUGAAAGCUUUGCAAAAGAAAAGAGGCAAUGUGCUCUAGGGAUCUAUAUGUUAGUGUCUGUGAUCAUUUCUAAUUUGAUCCAUGUUUUUGGUACUCCAUUGCCGUGGCAUCUUGAUCAUUUUAGUAAAAUGUUUUCUGACUAGAAAUCAUGUGCAACUCUUUACUGUUGUAAAUAUGUUCACAUCCAUUAAGAUAGCACAUACAUAUACAUCCCUUAUGUUUUCACCUGAGUGGAUUUCAUCUUCGAGGUUCAUUUUAUUGUAUUCAGAAGGCUCAAUUUUUAAAAAUUAAAGUUUGAAAAUUCUUCUA